AUGUCAGCACAAGCCCGCCUCUCCCAGGUUUCCGGCCACCUCGGUGGCAGCAGCAAGCAAUCCGUUCUCUCCAAAUCCCCCGACGACGUCGUCGUUACCUGUGCUCUUCGCACGCCCUUCACAAAAGGUGGUAAAGGUCUCCUAAAGGACACCGCUGCCGCCGACCUCCUGGCCCUCACCUUCAAGAAUCUCCUCCAGCGCUCAAAGAUCGAUCCGAGUCUCGUCGAGGAUAUUGCCACAGGCUGCGUGCUUGCUCCAGGAGGUGGUGCCACUGAAUACCGUGCAGCUGCUCUCGUUGCAGGCUUCCCGGAGUCAACCGCGGUCAAAUCCCUGAACAGACAAUGCUCCUCUGGGCUGCAGGCAUGUGUGGACAUUGCCAAUGCUAUCCGAGCGGGCAUGAUCGAAAUUGGCGUCGGCUCUGGCGUCGAGAGCAUGUCUUCCCAGUACGGCCCCGGCGCAGUGACCGAGUUCUCUGAUCUCCUGGAAAACCACAUGCAAGCCGCAAACUGCAAGGUGCCCAUGGGCGUCCUCUCUGAGCUGAUGGCCAAGGACCGCAAGAUUUCCCGUGCGGACCAAGAUGCCUUUGCCGCCUCUUCAUACCAAAAGGCCCUGAAAGCUCAACAAGCCGGUCUCUUCGAUGAGGAGAUCGCCCCCAUCACCGUCAAGUACACUGAUCCCAAGACCGAGGAAGAGAAGACCGUCACAGUUACAAAGGACGAUGGCACGAGACCAGGCAUCACCGCCGAGUCCCUGGGCAAGAUCCGUCCCGCAUUUGCAAAGGACGGCUCCAUCCACGCUGGCAACGCUUCCCAGGUCUCUGACGGCGCCGCUGCGGUUUUGUUGAUGAAACGCAGCACCGCCGAGCGUCUGGGUCAACCCAUCCUGGGCAAAUUCGUGGCUUCCUCCGUGGUCGGUGUCCCGCCUUUGCUCAUGGGUAUUGGCCCUUGGAAGGCUAUCCCAGUUGCGCUCCAAAAGGCCGGCAUCUCCAAGGACGAUGUUGACAUUUACGAGAUCAACGAGGCCUUUGCCAGCCAGGCCGUCUGGUGCGUCAAGGAACUCGGCCUGCCGUUCGAGAAGGUCAAUCCCAAGGGUGGUGCCAUUGCUUUUGGCCAUCCUCUCGGCUGCACCGGUGCUAGGCAGGUGAGCACCCUCUUCACAGAGCUGAAGAGGACGGGUAAGAAGAUUGGUGUGACGAGUAUGUGCGUGGGCACGGGAAUGUAA